AUGUAUUUACAAAAUAUUCUUGAAAUAAUGAUUAUGAUAAUCAUAAUGAGGAACAAUUAUAGAUUGGCUGCAAUAUCAGCAUUAAUUUCAUAUUCUUUAAAUUUAUAUUUAGUUUCUAUGUAAUCUAAAUUUACAUAAUUGGAAGUGAUUGUAUUGAGAUCAAGGAAUUAUAAUAAUGGUUAAAAAGAAAUGGCAUUACUAGAUUCAUAGUAUAUUUUUAAAUUUUAUGGUAAUUGUAUGUUGAUAAAUUUAAGAUAAGAUUGCUACUACAAAAUAUCUAAAAUAUCAAGAAAGACUCCAACUUUGCCUAAAAGUAAAUAGAUUAAUCCAAUCCCACAGGAUAAAUACAUAAUGAUCUUAUUAAUAGCUUAAAUUUAUGAGGAGACAGUAAGUUAAUUUUUAUUUAAGAGUUUAGGUUAAUUUAAUUUGAUAGA